GUUAAUCCUCCUUUCCCUCGCCAGUGACAGCUGUCAACACUGUGGUGUCGACUCUCGCACUUCAGAAAAUGUCUCCGAUAAACUUUUAUUUCUUCACCCUCGUCGUGUACCUGUGCUUGUGCGUCUGCACCAGCGAAGACUGGGCAUUCGACAAUGCCCCGGGCAUAGCGAUGGACUACAAAAUCCACAUCGACGCCGGAAAAGAGGACUGUUAUUGGCAAUAUGUCCACCCGGGUGCUACCAUAUACGUGAACAUGCAGGUACUGAAAGGUGGGGAUGGAAUGGCAGGCCUAGCCGUUCGGAAUCCCCAAGGAGAGAUAGUUCAUCCUUAUACGUGGAAACAGUCAUCUGAAUACGAGGAAGUGGCAAAGACGGGUGGAUAUUACGGGGUCUGCAUAGACAAUCAGUUUUCACGUUUUUCUGGAAAGCUGAUCAAUUUAUAUAUGACCACAUUCAGAUAUGACAUUUGGGAACAGUACACAAAAGAACUGGAGGAACUCGAUAUCAGUGUCAACAAUUUUACGCACUCCAUCAAAGGUGUUGAUCAGCGUAUCCACGAGAUUCUCCUCUUCCAAAGCCAAGCCCGAGCGAAAGAAGCCAGAGACUUCCAGCUGCUCCUGAGCAACAACAGCUACGUCCAGUACUGGUCGAUUAUGUUGUGCACGGCCAUCGUAGGAACUGGAGCUCUGCAGGUCUUUUUCCUGAGAAAGCUCUUUGAGUGCAAAGUUACAACCAAAUCUGGAGGACGAGCAUAAAUGACCAGUAGUACUACUGGUGGGUGGAAUAUGAGUCAUUUUGAAAAAGGUGUGCAUUUCUUAUAUGCUGGCGAGUUGCACAAAUUCAGGGGAAAAAGUAAGGCAUUUUAAAAAGGUGUACAAUUUGUAAAUGCUGGCAGAAUUGCUCAAAUUCGAGGGAAUAUGUAAAUCAUUUUUAAAAAGGAGUACAUUUUGUAAAUGCUGGCUGAGUUGCAAUCGAAUUCAAGGGAAUAUGUAAGUCAUUUUAAAAAAAGGUGUAGAUCUCAUCAAUAAUGGCAGUUGCGCAAAUUGUCUCAAAUUAUCUGUACUUUAGAAUCUCCUUUCUGCGCAGUGCGACUAUCAGAGGAAUCUGUUAUUUUAUUGAGAUAUUUGUAUAUGAAAGGCAUAUGUCACGAAAAAAGGGAUGGGAGAAGUAUGCGAGUGGGUGCUUUUAUCGUAUGGGAGAUACUCCUAGGUGAAUAUAUACUGUGCUUAAGGUAUUGUCAGUAUCUUCUUAUAUAUUUUUAUAUAUCUCACAGUAUGGCCAAAAGACAUUGCUUCCUAAUGUUUCAAAAUAGAUUAAAUAUGGUAAUGGCAUUCCUUUUGCUUCUAAGGUUCACAAAUUUGCAAGUUACAAAAGACUUGGAGAAAUCUCAUUGCACGAAUGAGGUAGUUUAAUCCUUUUUCAAAAAUAUUUUUGUAAGAUUUUUAUACAUUUUUAUUGAUUUUAUUGGGAUAUUUAAGUCUGUUAAGAUGUUGAAUACUUGAAAGUAUUAUUAAGUUUUUCCACGUUUUGAACAAAGGUCUUUUGACUGCGGUAGAAGGUAAUGGUAACAUUUACGUUUAGUGACUUUGUGCGUCAUUUGCCAAGAAUUUCAAGCUCUGUAAUGUGUUCUGUUGUAUAUUUUCUUUAGGAUACUCUUCUUCCAAACAUAUAAUCAUUGUGACUGUUAACGAUGGGAUGGUGCUUGAUUUAAUCCAUCUCGUACAAUGCUGUACUUAACUCUUUUGUAUUAUGCUUAAUGCAUUUCUGUGUUGACAAUUUGUAUCUAACAAGGAGAGAACUUGAUGUUAUUUUUUAUUUUAUGAAAAUUAUUUUGACAGGUUCUUUGGCUGACAAAGAACCAUGGCAAGUUUUAAAAAGUUUUAACUUUAUGUACAUUUUCAAUACGUCUUCCCAAAAUGUACCAAGGCAGGUUUCUAUCAAAUUGAGCAUAUGGAUGCUGCUUCCUUAGGAGGUACUAAAGUUGCAAUUUUUGUAAACUCAGACAUUUUAGAAACUGUAUCUUGUUUUCUAAAUAUUCAGUGGCAACUUCUUCCUGUAGUAAAGCUUUAUUGAACAUUGGUAUCCUCCUAAUGAUAUCACACAAGACUUCGUUGUUACUAAAAUUGCACUUUUGUUGUGCAACUUUUGUUAAGUUAUAUUUGAUUGUAAUCAGUUAAUGUUAUAUUUGAUUGUAAUCAAAAUGGUGCUCAUUCUUCUCAAGAGAAUAUGACUUGGGUGAUUUGUUUAAUUGAAAGGUGUAUAGUUAUCAAAUGAAAUCUUGGGUGAUUUGUUUAAUUGAAAGGUGUAUAGUUAUCAAAUGAAAUCUUAGUUGAAUGUAGGUUUUUACAUAUGAUUUUUACAGUGACACACUAUUCAUGAAUCAGUAUUGUUAUUAUAAGGAUAAUGUGAUUGAUUAUUGCCACUGACUUGAUCUUUUAUUUACCAUUUUGAAAAAAAUUUGCCACUGA